UUUCUCUACUCUGUGUGUGAGUAUUGUUAGACAGAUUUUCCUGCCGCUUGUUGUGAGUGUCUGAAAGCGGGAGAACUCUCUUACGCUGCUUAUUCAAGAGGAAGUCGGCAGCUCUUUCAUUCCAGACUCUUGUAGUGCAGAAUCAAACUGAGCAGUCAUUGAGCUGUGAAGACUGAAAACUGAUUUAUUCAUUGGCUAUAUAAUCCGGGCUGUGUAACAUAUUGAUGUACUCAGCUCUGGACUAAACUUCAGAAGAACUUUGAAUAUGUGUGUGAUGGUCUAGAAGAGCUGCUUUCUUUGACGAAGGACCCUGAUAGUUGCAGGUCACAGUGGAAUAACUAAUCAGAGAGGACUGAUCCAAUGAGGGACUGAGGAGGAACUGAAUACUGCUUUAAAUGUAGGUUGGAACAUUUCACAAAGUCAGAAUGAACGUGAAAAGGAAGGAGAUGGACUUUUUGAGCAACACUAUUGCUGCUUAUGCUCACAUUAAAGAAAAUCCAGAGAGUUUCGGCCUUUACUUCGUCAUUGGCGUAUGUUUCGGGCUAGUACUCACUCUCUGCCUCCUGGUCAUCAGGAUCUCCUGCAAACCUCGUACCACUCCAGCUCCUUCCACACCUGAGAAAAAACAGCUGAAAGACUUUAGUGAGGAAGAAGAUGAGGACGAGGAGAGUGACGAGGAUGAGGAUGCAGGAGAUCUGGAGCCUCCUGUCCUCCAUAGCACCACAGAGAUCUCCAUGGGUAACCACCAAUCUACGCCGGAUGGGACUCUGAGCAGGAACGUAUUCACUUCGGCCGAAGAGCUGGAGCGAGCACAACGAUUGGAGGAGAGGGAGAGGAUAAUCAGGGAGAUCUGGAGAAACGGACAGCCGGACAUUCUGGGAACGGGGACGGGCACGAUCGGAAGAGUGCAUUACUACUAACACACCCUGUUCACAAACUCAAGCCAUUCCUCUGCCUCAGCGCACUAUUUUUUUAUAAAUGGAGGGACCAUUGCUUUUAUUUUUACAGUGACUUAUUGUAAUCCUGCAGGCGAUCGUCAGACGUGUUGAUACGGCUUUGUCAUAUUGAACUGAGCAUGCUGAUGUUAAUCCUCAACUAAUGGUGCUACAGUAAAUUCUUUUAAAGCAUAGGUUCAUAGCACAGACCAUUACAGGGUCCAGGUUUGGGAAUAUGGUGUUUGUAAAUAUGUGUGAUAAGACUCACAAAAAGCAAAUGCAUAUUUGCACGUGCCAUUUUUUGUAUAAAGAUGUUUUCUGCUUAUUUUUUUUUUAAACUAAUGCAUUCCUCUGGAUUUUCUGGCAUAAGUAAUAAGUAUGCCAUGUAGUAAAAGCCAAUAUACUCUAAAAGCAUCCUUUAUACUUGGAUUUUAACAGGUUACGGUUAUACAGAGCUGUUUUAAUCUAAAUUAAAAGACAGGGUUUAGAUUAAUCCAGGACUAGCACUGAAUUAUAUUAGGACAUUUAAAUAGUUUUUAUAAACAUCCUUUACAAAAAAAAACAAUACUGUGUGCAUACUGAGACAAAACAAUAACACUGAUGUAUGUUAAGAUAUGUCAGUGCAAGAUGUUUUUUUAACAUGCAUAUUAGUUUGGGACUAGGAUAAGCCCUGUCUGAAAAAACGGCACUGUAUGUUUUAAUGCAUAUGGUCAGUGCAUUAUUUUAUAAAAGGAAUAAUGCAUAAACAGCAUUACACUGCCAAAGAGACUCACUUAUAAUAACUUAUCCCAGGCUAAAAUAAAUGUUUGAGCGGCCUUAAUUUAAAAAACAGCUUGUACUGACAUAUCUUAACAUAUAUCAGUGCCAUUGUUUUGUCUCGAGAUGCACACCAGUUUUGUUUUUGUAAGGUCUGGUCUGGAUUAAUCUAAACACUGUCCGUAAAAUCACCCCUAUAUGUCUUUAACAUGUAUUUGCAACCGUGUUUAUUUGUAGUCAUCAGACUUCAGGUUUUGUUCUAUCUUGAAAACAUUUGUCUCUUGUUACUAUGGUGGUUCUGGGUGCUUUAUUUGAUUUCCUUCACAGAUGCUUGGAUGAGUAAAAUAUAAAGACAUUUUGGCAUGAUGUGUA